AUGGCAUCUUUAUAUGGAGUUUUAUUUAUCCUUGCUGUGGCUUACGCCUUGGUAUUAUACUUGGUGAAUUUGAUUCCACAUGUAUCUAUCAAGUAUGUUGGAUUCCUUUCAUUGAGAGGUGUAACUAUAAAGACAAAAACAACAACUGUGCACAUUGGAAAGAUUGCUCUCCAGAUUAACGCAUUUGGACCCAGGGAUGAAACCUUGAAGUGGAUAUCGCUAGUGUUGAUGGACGUCAAUAUUGCUUGCUUGAAAGAUAAUUCGGCACUGAAUCGUCACACAAGCAAGGAACAAGCAUCAUUUAAAGCUGAAACAAUAUCAAACGACAAAUCCAUCAAAGACAAGCUCCAAUUUCGUGUGCCAAAUUUCAUUUUCAACUACAUUUUGCAAACGGAGCUCAUCAACAAGAUCAAUUUUCUAAUCAUCAGAUCUACUAUUUAUCACGAAAGCACUCAUGAGCACUUUUGUGCGUCCCUAGAGUUCACAAGACUCGAGGCAAGAAUUUCCAAAUGCCACAAUCUCAGAGUCACCGCCACAUUAUUCAAUGGGUUGAUAUUUGAAAAUGAAAACAAGGACAAUAAACUUGACUUGUUUAGAAACGUGGAGUUUUUUGUAAACUGUGUGGUCAUAACAUCGUGCGACGUGAAUAAAACAAAUAUGAUUAGAGUCAAUCUUGAGGAGUUCAAAACCUCCUUGUCAAUUGGAAGGUUGAAUAUCCCCAUGGAUUAUAUCUCGACAAGGAAGCAACCACAAACAAAGCCCCAAGCAAAACAGCCAGUGACUCCAGGAGAAGAUGCACCAGCAAAGGAAGUCACAAAUGUGAUGCAAUACCAGCAAUUAUUGAGAGAUUUAUUGUCGUUAUACUCCUUAACAGAGAUUCGUUUGGAAGAUUUCACGUUGUCCCACAAGACUGUUUCCAUAAACCUUUCCAAUUUUGUCUUUUCAUUGGAGAAGGUUGUCAGAACAACUGCCCUCUCGACGUUGAAGCUUCACAUUUACUUGACUUCAUUCAAAUUUUACCAUUUGGAUACCAAAUGUGUGGAGCUACCUUCUGGAACUGUCAGUUACGAGGUAUGUCCUAUGGCAACUCUUCGAGUUGCACAAGCAUUGCUCAACCAUGACGAGCAUUCGAACGAGCACAUAAAUUUCAAAUUCGGAAUAACAUUGACCAACCUAGUUUUUGAUGUUUAUUACGACCAGCAAGAUAUCUUGUUUGGAAUAUUGAGAGACAAAAUUGUACGCCAACGGAUGAAUAAAAUGAGGACUGCAGCCGGGGUUCAUCGCAAAGAAGAGGUGAUGAAAAAGUUGAAUCUCGCUUCAAAGAUGUUGAAAGAUGUAUCCACGAAAAUUGUUAUAGUCGACACAAAGUUAAAUGUCCACUUGCCUAAAAUUGGCCUGACGAGAGAGGAUGUCUUUAAUCGUUAUUCCAGCGCAAACACCAUAGUCACGUUCUCUGUGACAGAUUUGGAACAUAGAGUGUCAACAAGUGCGCAAACAAAAGCGUUGAAGGGAAGAGGCAGAGUCGAAAAGCGUCUCAUCCACUCUUUUCUCAAGAUCAAGAACCUCAAGGGUGAAGCAGAGGGCAACUUGGCUCAAUUAUCCAAGAUCAAUUUUCUACUUUCUUAUGAUUUAGAUCGCUUCAAGCUUGCUGUACGAUUAUCAAGCAAAGCAAUCAAUUUUAGAUCGGUUAAUGACAUCUUCUUUUAUUUGGUGAGACAAUUCCGAAACCGACAACGAAUCUACUUCAACAAAAAGUUUGAUGAGUGGUUGAAAACCCUUGAGAGCAAUGGCGCGCCCGAUCAACCAAACAAUGCAGAACGUUUCUCGUAUGGGGAUCUCAACAACCCAGCUGGUAAAAAUCAAGAAGACGAACUUAUCAAGAUUUUUGAAGUGUUGCCGCCAUACGUAUCCUCGGUCAAGGUAGAUCUUUCCUCAUUGGCGUUUGACAUAAAGAGUAAAGAGGAGUUACCAAGCUACAAGAUGUACGAUUAUCGGAUUGGGAAAGAAAUUGACUUGAAAGAUUACCGUCGUGGAAUCUCGUUAAAAGUGACAGACGUUUCAGCAAUCUACAAAAGAGCACACGAACAGGUGCAACUAUCGGUAGGGUUGGUUCAAUCGGCAACGCUAAGCGAGUACGCGCACGAGUAUAUGAUUGCGAACAACGAUGAUAAUGAACCUUCUUCACUGAGUGACUCGGACCUAGAUGAUGUUUCGAGUAUAAGUACAUUGGACUCCACAACGGCUGAAUACAAUGACUACGAUUCGGAUGGGUUGGGCAGUGGCACUGACACGUAUGGUGUAAAGAAUAUCCUUUCAAUUCGAAACAUAAAUAUCGCAAAUGAUACCUCCAAGUCCGAGGAUAGAGACCCAAACAAGCUUAUAGUGACUGUUCCAGAAGUUGAUGGACAUGUGGAUACGUUCUUCCUCUGGUGCAUAUUCUAUGCAAAGACGUUGCUCCAAAGAUUUGCCCCUACAGUUGAAUCGAACUGCUCAAAAGAGCAAAUGAAGCAAAUCACCGGUCCAAAAAAGAAAAUCAAGCUUGAUGUAUUUUUGGAGUCGGUCACCAUCUCUUUAAGACUCCCAAAUAACGUGGAUGUGCUUAUUGAGUUUGACCGUUCACGACUUCAAAACGUUUUUGUUUUGAAGAAUGCGGAUGUCAGAAACAUUCGAAUGUAUGUUAUUCACCCCAGCACUAAGCUAUGGGCGAGAAUAGUGGUAAUCAAAGAAGCCAAAUUUAGCAUUGAUGUGUCGAAAACGCUCCACGAAGCGGCAUUUGAAUUGCAAACGAAAUCUAUAUUGUUCAAUGUUCCAAACAGAUUUGCCAUUUACACGGUUAUCGACAAUACUAUUUCUUUUGCCAAAUCCAUAAAGCAAUUGCUGCAUAAUUUCAAGUACUUCAAUUUUGGAGUUGACAAAUUUGAGCGUGUAUACCCAACAGCAAAGGAUGCAUUGGUGUUCCCGCAUGUUAGGAUCAAAACAUCGGUAUUGGGACUUUCGCUUGAAAAUGACCCCUUUGAGAAUGAAUUGGCAAUGAUUUUCGAAUUGGGUAUGAUUGAACAACGAGUAAGGUGUAGAAAAUUGGAGGCAUUUGAGGCAAAGUGCCAAGAGAUCAGAGCCAAUGCGCAGCCGGAUAUCGAGGAUCAAGUUGAGCUUUCAGACGUACCCGGCCCGAUGAUGGGUAGUCGAAAGGGACUGUUUAGAAAGGGUACAAGCUGCCCGACGUCCAAACACAGCCCAUUACGAAAUGAGGCUAGUUAUCAUGAUGAAACUUCUUCAAACGAGGUUAACUCAACUGGUACAAGAAAGAAGUUCAUGGGAACGUUCCUGAGAAAAAGACGUAACAAUGCACACCUAAAGAAUCAUAUCGGCGACUCAGCAGAUUCAGAAUUUGAGGACGAGAGCAAACCUAAAUUGACCAAGGAGCAAGCUGAGGAAGAAAUCCGACAGGCAAGAGAGAGACUCGAGCACAAUUUCUCACUUUCGUGGAUGAGAAAGUUUAGAUCUUUCAAAGAUCUCCGUAACAAGGAUUGGAAAGAGAGAAGGGAGGAGAUCUGGGGAAAAGACGAUCCAACAGAUAUCAUGAAAUCAAAGUACGACAUUGUGGAGUAUGCAGAUGGUCCUAGCUUGACAACAUCGUUAUUCCAAGAUGUGGAUUUGACUCUAGACAGAUUCAAAGGCGGAGAUAUUGAUGAAUUCUUGUACACUUACGAAAAGAAGCAACCAAAGGAAAAAUAUUCAAUCUUGGUGCCUUUGUCGAUUGACUUAAAGGCCAGAAAUUUUCACAUGUUUUUGAAAGACUAUCCAUUACCAUUGGCGUCAUUCCCAACGAAUAGCAAUCCUCAGAUUCCAACUGUUCAUAUCAAGUCCAACUUGGUUGUGAAUGAACAUUUAUACAAAAGAAAAGAAGAGCUUCGUUAUAUAUUUGUUCCAUUCUCGUGGGUUGUGUUUGACAACGGAGUUUCAGACAAUUUCUAUUCCGUUUAUAUCCCCAGGACUUUAACAACAGUCAAAUUUGCUGCUGAUUUCCAAUGCGACUUGAAUACUGAUCGAGCUUGUAUUGUGGGAUGGUCCAAAUCUUACCAGCCAGCAUUGAGUACAAUGGGCCAAGCGUUUGAAAACUUUUCCAAACCGGCGAUUGAUGAUAGUCCAAUUGGAAUAUGGGACAAGUUGCCAUUAAUCAUGCAUGGAAAGUACAAAUUCAAUAUUGCAAAUGAACUUUGCUUGCACAUGAAGAGUGGAAGAUCACCCUACAAGUUGGUUGGGUUGGAUGCAGGGUUUGUUUUUAACUGGAAAAACAACGUCGACCUCACGAUUGACGGAACCAUAGACCCAAGGAGAUUAGUUGUGAUCACUAGUGAUGACUUUAUUUUUGCAGUCCCCAACUACUCCAUGAAUGAAAAGCAUACUUGGAGUUUAUAUUAUGAUGGACGUGCAGACUUUGCACCAAGCAGUGAUCCAGAAGGGAAGAAAUAUCACAAACGUGUCAUUCGACUCAGCUCUAAUGAUAGAGUCGAAUGGUGUUUAGGAAUGAUGUUUGAAAGAAACAAACACUUUUCCCACCGUCUUUCAGACCAAGAGGAAAGAACGUCAGAGUUUUUGCCGCAUUAUAAAGUCCAGAUCACUAAUCCGGCUAAUGAGUACCAUCCUGAUUCUUACGAUGGCUACAGAGCGGAUUAUGUGCAUAUGGCACUCUCGGUAAUUUCGCGGUCCCGUAAUGGUCAGGCUUUCAAUGCAGCAUUCUUGACUCCUUUGGCAUUUCACCACUUUUUUUACUGGUGGGAUACUGUUGCUCACUACUCACCUACUCCUGUGCGACUGGGGAAACUAUUUUCCGAUGGUAAAAAGAAGCCCAAGAUUAAGUUGAGCCCUCAUUUGUUUACGGUAAAGUAUCAAUUGGUAUUCAAUCCGGUGACCAUUUCACACUUGUACAUCCACUCGAGUAAUGAAAUGCAGGGAAAGAAGAAUAGGGUGGCAUUCACAGGAUUAAAGGGCAAAUUUGACAUCUGUGAGAUCGACCUCCACCAGAGGAAGCAAUUGUUGACCUAUGUGAACCAGAAGUUGAACAAGCGCACUCAAGUCAAGCACUUGAAAAUGAAUCAAGCAGAGAUCAACGUUGAAAGAGCCGAUGUCAGAAUCUUGAAUGCGUUGUUUCCAGAUCAAUCAGUCAGUGGCAAAUUGUUGUCGUAUUUGAUGGGUGAUGCUACUUCCGAUUCUCUGAGCGGUCAUCAUCGUGGACCAGCGCACGCGUCCAAGUUUACAAGAUGGAUUGAGAGCGUCGAUGUGCCAGACGGAGAUUUAUCAUGGGUUGAUCCGGAAGAUUUUAUUGAAUUGGAGGUGAACGAGCCAUUAUCGCCUUAUCCAAAGAUAACGAUACUACCUUUCUUUGCGACACCAAAGCUUAGUUAUUUCCGUGAGUUCACUUUACAUGAAGAUGGUCCGUAUCCUUUUGGGAAUGAAAAAAUACACAAUUGUAUAAUGGACAUGGAGAAGCCCAGUGGCGUGCAAUCUCGCAUCUUAUCUGAAAGAGUAGAGACACUUAAAAAUGAGCUCUUGAGGAAGCAACAACAAUUUAGUCGUAUGAAGUCCCAGUCUGAGUCCCUGAAUGUUCAACAUAUGUCGGAUGUGGAGACUGACAUUCAAUUGCUACAGGAGAAGAUUGACGUUAUCAAUCAAGCCCACAAGAACUUCACGGAAGAGGAUUUGAAAAUGACCAACAACUUUGAUGAUCCUGAUAAUCUUACUGCGUUGCUGAAGCAACAGUCGGGCUUGUCUGCUUACUCGAGUCAUAGAGAUAGAGAUGAACUUCUCGAGGCAGCAAACUUUGUAUCGAUCGCCGAGUUCCACAAUAGGUUUAUUGUACACAACUUGCAAAUGAAAUGGGAUGAUAAUGUGCGUGUUUAUUUCAUAAACUAUCUUGAGAGAAUAAGCGAUCGGAGGAACCAUGUUUAUUAUAUGACAAGGAUGGCAAUAGAUCUUGUUAAAAAUGUGAUUAGCGAAUCAGAAAGAAUGGAUGUGGAAGAUUUGAAUUUCAGCGACAGAACAUUUACCAAUUUCAGAGGAGGGAUUGAAGCGAUGGAAGGGUUUGCCGAAGCUUUGGAUGUUUUACAAAACCCUGAUGUUGAGGAAGCUGAGCACAAAUACUUGAUAAAGUUGAUUCAUCCACAAAUUCAAUUGACAAGUAGAAAGGCGCCAGAUACCACUGUCAUUGUCACCUCGAGAGACUUGGACAUAAAGGUGGUUGAUAUCAAUCAAAAAGAUUUGGUAAAUGUGUUAACAGACAGCUCGGAAGUGACAGCCAAAGUGGAGUCUAGAAUUGGGGUUAUGUUUAGAGAUGAGCAAAUAUUUGUUGUGACAAAGGAUGAUGUUGCGCAUUUGGGUGCAAAGUCAAAGUUUGCAAAAGGGGGAUACAUGAAUUCAACAUCACUGUGGCCCCCUUGGUUCGAAUGUGAGGUUUGCUACAAGGGAACGUGGGCUCAAGAGUUUCUUGUUGCUGAAAGAAAUACGGUUGCUCUUGUUUACAAAUCGCCAAAUAAUUUGUUCCUCAAUGCAAAGAAUUUGGAACGACAUAAUGAGGUGGUUGUGUUUAUCAACAAGUUUGUGGUUAAUGCUACGUCCACCCAAUAUUCCAGCAUUUAUUAUGUCAUCACUGAACUAUUACUUUCGGGUGAGACAAAGGAUAGUCUUCAGUCGAGGUUGGCAAAAGUCGUGGCCAUCUCCGAUGCGUCGGAUUUCAAAGGUUUGGAUGUAAAAGUGAAAGACUUGCAAACAACGAUUAGGGAACUCAAAGAUUUGGUUCUAACAUUCCAUCAAAGGGGGACCACCACAUUGACUGAAACAGAGCUGAAAUAUUUGCAAAUCUUGGAGUUGGAAAUGGAGAAACUGAAGUUGGAACUACUUUUGAUUAUGAAACUUCUAGGCACAAGAAAUAAAUCUAAAUCUAAAGAGACGACAAAGUUUUGGCACAUUCUCACAGAUCAAGUUAUUUGGCAUUUCCUCACUGAUGACAGAAAGCCGUUUGUUGAUAUCGCAUGUACCGGAAUAGUAUUUUCGCGUGUUGAAUCUAUUGAAGGAGCUAAUCACAAUGAUUUUGAGAUCAAGAUGUUGCAAGGGUUCAAUUUGCAAGAGAAUAGCCAAUUCCCAGUCUUGCUUUCUCCAUUACUUCCAAAAGGUGAAACCACAUUUGACGACCAUGGAAGACCAAUUGUGAAAAUGACUUGGGAUCUACUGGCAUUAGUAGGUGGCAUACCCAUUAUUAAGCAUGCGAAAUUAGAUGUACUUCCUUUGCGAUUUGAGCUUGACUACCCAACAGCAAAAAUGCUCCAAUCUUAUUUGUUCCCAAAGGAUGACGAUGAAGAUGAUGACGAUAGUGAGGAUACAGAUGACGAGAGUAUGUACUCGUCCUCCGAGGAAACUUUUGAAGAUGCAGCUUCUGCAAGGUCUUCUUUGAUGAGCAACAAUGAAACCUCAAAGAGUUCGUGGAGAAGGUUAUUAUCAAGACGCAAGCCAUUGGGUUCGAAAACGAGUUCAGAUAAUUUUGGAGGAAGCUCAUCGAAUGGAACUUCAAGUCCGUCCAGCUCUGCCCAGGAAUCACGUGACUCACACUUUUCCAGUUCUCCAGGCUCCCACAUUGGUCGUUUCCAAGAUAAGACAGCAACAAAGGUUACAAAAUUGGGUAGAGGUCAACGUCGACUGCAAGCUGUAAACAACAACGAUGUUUUGGAUGAUGAGAUCAAUACUUUGAUUUCUCGGUCAUUGAAAUACAAGUCAAUAGUUGAUGUUGAGAUUUCGAAUUUUGAUUUCAUGGUUAGUUUUCUGGGCCCGAAAACUUUGCACUUGUUGAAUGUGAAUCAAUUGAUUUUGUCUGUACCGGCUUUGAAAUACCAGUACAAGAUCUGGUCAGCAGAGGACUUUAUGAACAAGUUGAAGAAGGACAUUAUAAAGGUUAUCUUGCUGCAUAGUGGUAAGAUAUUGGGCAACAAGUUCCAGCACAAGAAAAAACUUACGUCUUCGAAACCAUUGAAACAGAUUGGCAACUAUGACGGCUUUCUCACUUUAGAGGAAUUGCAGAACCAGAGUGAGCAAACCGAUCGUGCAGAUGCAGAUCUUUCACCACAAGUUUCGCGAGCACAUUAUCAUAAUCACAACCGAAACAGACAACAUAUUGUCAGACAUGGUGAGGCGGAUGACGAAACAUUCAAGACAUACUUGGAUGGAGGAGAAGCAGAGAGGGUGUUUACUAAUCCAAGAGAGGACAAGGUUGCAGGAGAUGUGGAUGCACCAUAG